AGACAAGAUGGGAGGAAACAAAGUGAAGGUACACACAAAAGCAUUGAAGCAGUUGUUGCUCGGCUUGAAAAACAGAAUGGGAUGAGUCUCAGUAAUGCUUCCAGCCCUGAGGAGGCUUUUAUGGAGACUUCGGAAAGCAUGAACAACAUGGAUGAUGCUGUAGUUCCUCGGAUUCUCUAUGAAGAAUUGCUGAGGAGUUACCAACAGCAACAAGAAGAAAUGAGACAUAUUCAACAGGAGCUUGAGAGAACACGUAGACAGCUUGUGCAACAGGCAAAGAAGCUAAAGGAGUAUGGGGCACUCGUGUCAGAAAUGAAAGAGCUCAGAAACUUGAACAGGAGACUCCAGGAUGUACUCCUUCUAAGACUAGGUAGUGGACCUACCAUUGAGCUUGAAAAAGUAAAACAAGAACCAAUUGAGCCUGAACCUGAGGUACAGAAGACCUUCAAUGAGGAAGCAAACACAUCAACGUACUAUCCUGCCCCUGUUCCAGUAAUGGACAAGUAUAUUCUCGAGAAUGGAAAGGUCCAUCUUGGCAGUGGAAUUUGGGUAGAUGAGGAGAAAUGGCACCAGCUGCAAGUAACACAAGGAGAUUCAAAGUAUACAAAAAAUCUAGCGGUUAUGAUUUGGGGAACAGAUGUUCUCAAGAACAGAAGUGUCACAGGAGUUGCAACCAAAAAAAAGAAAGAUGCCGUUCCCAAGCCACCUCUCUCACCUCACAAAUUAAGCAUUGUCAGAGAAUGUUUGUAUGAUAGAAUAGCACAAGAAACUGUGGAUGAAACAGAAAUUGCACAGAGACUCUCCAAAGUCAACAAGUACAUCUGUGAAAAAAUAAUGGAUAUCAAUAAAUCGUCUAAAAAUGAAGAAAGGAGAGAAAGUGCAAAGUACAAUUUGCAAUAA